GGCCCCGCGGUCACAAUGUCGCCGCGCCCGGGAGCCCUCCCCCGCUCCCCCGCCCCCCCAGCCCCCCCCCCCCCGCGCCCGGGGGCGGCCGCCUCGGAGGUCUGGGUCUCCCGCGCCGCCGCGUCCUUCCGGCCCCGGGACGCGCGGGACGCGCCGGGGGACGCCGGGGGGCGGCGGGGGGCCGAGCGGCUCCGGGCGCGCUCCUGCUUCACCCGGGGGCUGCGGGGCCGGCCCCGGGGUGGGCUUGGCCGGAGCGCCGUGGAGUCUGGGGCGCCCCUGUCCCCUCCGCACCUCCUCCUGCCUCCGCCCCCUGAACGCACCUGUGCUCCGACGCCUCCCCUCCGUUCCCUUCUUCUAAGCAUCAUCAGUUGGUUUGUCCGGACCUUCAAGUAUGUAUUCGGCCUUCGCUUUGACAUAAAGGGCCGCCAGAAGCUGGAGGUGGACCACCCGUGUGUCAUCAUUUCUAACCACCAGAGCAUCCUGGACAUGAUGGGCCUUAUGGAGGCCCUACCCAAGCGCUGCGUGCAGAUUGCCAAGCGGGAGCUGCUCUUCACGGGGCCUGUGGGCCUGAUCAUGUACCUCGGGGGUGUCUUCUUCAUCAACCGGCAGCGCUCCAGGACCGCCAUGACCGUGAUGGCCGACGUGGGCAAGCGCAUGGUCAGGGAGAAUCUCAAGGUGUGGGUCUACCCUGAGGGCACGAGGAACGACAACGGGGACCUGCUACCUUUCAAGAAGGGUGCCUUCUACCUGGCGAUCCAGGCCCAGGUGCCUGUCAUCCCCGUGGUUUACUCCAGCUUCUCUUCCUUCUAUAACUACAAGACGAAGUUCUUCACCUCAGGAACGAUCAGGGUGGAGGUGCUGGAUGCCAUCCCCACCAGUGGCCUCACCGUCGCUGAUGUCCCCAAGCUUAUGGAUAGCUGCCACCAGGCCAUGAGGACCACCUUCCUCCGCAUCUCCAAGACACCCCAGGAGAACGGGGCCACCGCAAGGCCUGGUUCCCAGCCCGCCCAGUAGCCGAAGCGGGGCAGGACCUGGGGGCAGGACGGGGCCGACCGGGGGCAGGGCCUGACUGGAGAAUGGACCGAGGGACCUCCUCCCCUGCCCCAGCUGCUAAACGUCACUGUGUCCCGCUCCUAUGUGGUUCUCCCAGCUUUGGUUUGGCCCCGGAUGCAGGCCACUGCUUCCUGUCACGGGCCUCGGAUCCAGGCCUCUCAUGUCCCCCAGGAGAGUCAGCUGGACCCUCCUCACGGAGCCUACCCUUGGGCCUCCCGGAUCUGGGAGCAGGCCUGGGCCCAGACGGGCUGGCGGCCUCGGGGUGGAUGGCCGGCGCUGAGACACUCUACCCUCCUGCCUGGGCCCGCGGGGUGCAGAAGCGGGGUGCAGGGCGGGCCCUUCGGGAGAAACGGGACUCUAGGUGGGGGCCAGACACCCGGUCCUGUGCAACCGGGGCCUCGGAGAGCCAGAAAGCAGAGGUCCUUGCUCCACUGGCCUCGGGGAGCAGGGCGGGUGCCCGGGCACCGCAUUCCGUUGUUUUUUAUAAAGGAACUCUCGGCAGUG